UAGACGUCUACUCUCACGGAUCGAACCUCUGAAGAUCCUACGCGCUUUCCAAAUGAAAUAUUUUUACAUCCGUUUUCAGCCAUCAUUUUAAAACACUUCCUUCGAAAAUCCUCUUUUUUGCAUGAGUCUCCAAAGUAGAGAAUAUUUAUCUUUUAGAGUUUGUGACAUUUUUAGUUGAAAAUCCACCGCCAAUUAUGUUCAGGAGCUGGAACAGGACUUUUUUAGUUUGGUGGCUGUGUCUCGUUUUGGACGGUCUGGUUUUGGGGCAAGAUAGUCCCCGUGUUGUAUCGGACGAAUGCACAGUGACUCCUGUUCUUCAUGUUCUCCAAUAUCCUGGAUGUGUUCCUAAACCUAUACCAUCCUUUGCCUGCACCGGUCGUUGUUCCAGUUAUAUUCAAGUAUCUGGUUCAAAAAUUUGGCAAAUGGAAAGAUCAUGCAUGUGUUGUCAAGAAAGUGGGGAAAGGGAAGCGAGUGUCUCAUUAUUCUGCCCCAAAGCAAGACCGGGAGAGAAGAAAUUCAGAAAGGUGACAACUAAGGCUCCUUUGGAAUGUAUGUGCCGACCCUGCACUAGCAUCGAGGAGAGCUCUGUUGUGCCUCAAGAGAUCGUCAACUAUGCCGGGGAGCAGCCUAUAAGCGGUCAUUUUGCCAAGCCAGAAUAGUUUAGCGCUUUAUUCUAUUGCCAUUCUAACUUACUUGUGUAAAAAAGUACAACGUCAAUCAUUAUUUUCCUGUCUUUUUUUAUAUGUUUUAUAAGGAAAUCAAUGGCCCGAAUCCAAUUUUUUCUUCAAAUUAAGUACCCCUCUUAGAUUUUCAUUAAGUUUCAAUAAAAUUCCUUUUAUCUUC